CCUCAUGAUCUUCCCUCCUCGGCCUCCCAAAGUGUUGGGAUUACAGGUGUGAGGCACCGCGCCCGGCCGAAGAGAUGUUUUUGAAAUGUCUACUCUUCUGUCUGCACAAGAAACCACCCCCCUUAUCUCCUGGGGAGCUCUUCCAGUCCUGCCACGAAGGGGUUGUGGUUACCCCCAUUUCACAGCUGGGUUGAAGCCAAGGCAGGCUUGAGGCAGGCUCUCUCCCUCAGCCUCAGACUGUCCCCUGGGGAUUUGGGCUACUGGGGCGGAAGCCUGAGGUCUGGAUUCCAGCCCUCUGAGCCUCCCCCCAGUCCUAAACUGGAGAAGGCAGUAGCCUCCCCGGACCCACCUUGAGGACUCAAGGAGAACUGGACGCCCCUUGUCUCAGGUGCCUUGUCUCUCACGUGACCCCUGGUUUGCUCCACCCUGGACUAUCUGCCUCCAGGCCUUCGCUCUUACUCUUCCCUCUGCCUGGAGUUCCUUUCCGUCCUCACCCUGUAGCCUCAUGUUUAAAUCUUCCCUCUGGUUAUGGUUCCUCAUCCAUAAAGUCUUCCCAGGCCCUCCAGGCCCCAGAGCAAAUUUACCUGAUACUCUCAGGUGACCUAGAACUUACUCAGCCAUGAGCUCCCUGAGCGAGACCAUGAGUGAUUCGUCCUCAUGCCACCAAAGGGCAAGUCCUGCCCGGUGCACAAAAGCUGCCUGCACCUGAGUAGUUAACUAGUUUCCAACUGCCGUUUUUAAUCGAGUCGUGGGAAAUAGGUGAUCAGGAGGAACUGGCCUUUGUUGAGCCUCCACUGUGUGCCAGGACUUUUAUGCACGCUGUUUGAUUUCAUUCCGUCAGUGUCCUGAAAGGUGGAUGACACCCACUCUCACAGGUGAAGAAACAGUCUCAGAAGCGUAACAAUGGCACCCCGUGCUUAUAGAGCAUUUGCUGUGGCCGGGCCCCACUCUGAGCUCUGGGUAUGAAUCAUCUGAUCCUCCCAGUAGUCCUCAGAGGGAGGUUCUGUUAUUCCCAUUGUGUGGAUGAGGAAACACCCACGGGAUAGUUAAGUAACUUGUUCAAGGUCACUUGUCUAGGAAGUGGUGAAACCAAGAUUUGAACCCACACAGCCUGACUCCAGAAUCUGCCCGGAAGCCCUCCUUGCCGGCUUGUGGCAGACAGUGCGUGAGUGUGGCUGGGCCAGGGACCCCUCUGCUCCACGCACACCGAAAGAGGUCACUUGCCUGCUUGACUAGCCAUGUGAGGCAGGACCAAGGCCCUUAUCUUCCCGUCCCACCUUGACCUGGGGCCUCACUUCCUGUUGGCCUGGAGUGGGUGGGGCUGGGCUGGAGGAGGCUUCUCUGUGAGUUGACUCAGCUGUCCUAGUGUUGAAGGGUUCUUCUGUGAGGGGCGCAUUGGGGUGUGCCCCCAGCCACCAAGAUCCUGACUCUUGCAUUGACUUCUCUGCCUUUGGGGCCUCUCUUUCCCGGUAAUGUGAAGAGGGUGGACUACAGAUACCUCCAGCCUGUCCUCGAGGUCCCAUCUGCAUGCACAGCAUCCCGUGGGACAAGGGGCUCUGGAUGACAGCUCAGGCGAUGGUGGGGUUUUCGACGCUGGGGAAGUGUUUGGGAUCAUGCAAGUGGAGGAAGUGGAAGAGGAAGAGGACGAGGCCGCCCGGGAGGUGCGGAAGAAGCAGCCCAACCCGGGGAGCGAGCUGUGCUACAAGGUCAUCGUGACCAGGGAGAGCGGGCUCCAGGCAGCCAACCCCAACAGCAUCUUCCUCAUCGACCAUGCCUGGACGUGCCGUGUGGAGCAUGCACGCCAGCAGCUGCAGCAGGUGCCUGGGCUGCUGCACCGCAUGGCCAACCUGAUGGGCAUUGAGUUCCACGGUGAGCUGCCCAGUGCGGAGGCUGUGGCCCUGGUACUGGAGGAGAUGUGGAAGUUCAACCAGACCUACCAGCUGGCCCAUGGGGGAGUUCCAGUAGGUGGACGGGUGAGCGAGCAGUGCCAUGUGUGCUGUCUGCAGACAGCCGAGGAGAAGAUGCCGGUGUGGUAUAUCAUGGACGAGUUCGGUUCGCGGAUCCAGCACGCAGACGUGCCCAGUUUCGCCACGGCACCCUUCUUCUACAUGCCCCAGCAGCUGGCCUACACGCUGCUGUGGCCCCUGAGGGACCUGGACACUGGCGAGGAGGUGACCCGAGACUUUGCCCACGGAGAGACAGACCCCCUGAUCCGGAAGUGCAUGCUGCUGCCCUGGGCCCCCACCGACAUGCUGGACCUCAGCUCCUGCACGCCUGAGCCACCCGCCGAGCACUACCAGGCCAUUCUGGAGGAAAACAAGGAGAAGCUGCCACUUGACAUCAACCCCGUAGUGCACCCCCACAACCACAUCUUCAAGGUCUACACGGACGUGCAGCAGGUGGCCAGCAGCCUCACCCACCCGCGCUUCACCCUCACCCAGAGCGAGGCAGACGCUGACAUCCUGUUCAACUUCUCACACUUCAAGGACUACAGGAAACUCAGCCAGGAGAGGCCGGGCGUGCUGCUGAACCAGUUCCCCUGCGAAAACCUGCUGACUGUCAAGGACUGCCUGGCCUCCAUAGCGCGCCGGGCCGGCGGCCCCGAGGGCCCACCCUGGCUGCCCCGAACCUUCAACCUGCGCACCGAGCUGCCCCAGUUUGUCAGCUACUUCCAGCAGCGGGAAAGGUGGGGCGAGGACAACCACUGGAUCUGCAAGCCCUGGAACCUGGCUCGCAGCCUGGACACCCACGUCACCAAGAGCCUGCACAGCAUCAUCCGGCACCGAGAGAGCACCCCAAAGGUUGUGUCCAAGUACAUUGAAAGUCCUGUAUUGUUCCUUCGAGAAGACGUGGGAAAGGUGAAGUUUGACAUCCGCUACGUCGUGCUGCUGCGGUCAGUGAAGCCCCUGCGGUUGUUCGUGUAUGACGUGUUCUGGCUGCGGUUCUCCAACCGGGCCUUCGCACUCAACGACCUAGAUGACUACGAGAAGCACUUCACAGUCAUGAACUACGACCCGGACGUGGUGCUGAAGCAGGUGCACUGUGAAGAGUUCAUCCCCGAGUUUGAGAAGCAAUACCCAGAAUUUCCCUGGACGGACGUCCAGGCUGAGAUCUUCCGGGCCUUCACGGAGCUGUUCCAGGUGGCCUGUGCCAAGCCGCCGCCCCUGGGCCUCUGCGACUACCCCUCAUCCCGGGCCAUGUAUGCUGUCGACCUCAUGCUGAAGUGGGACAACGGCCCAGAUGGAAAGCGGGUGAUGCAGCCGCAGAUCCUGGAGGUGAACUUCAACCCCGACUGUGAGCGAGCCUGCAGGUACCACCCCACCUUCUUCAACGACGUCUUCAGCACCUUGUUUCUGGACCAGCCCGGCGGCUGCCACGUUACCUGCCUUGUCUAGGCACUCGCUGUCCCCAAAACCUGUGCUUGGGGCAGGAUUCCAACCUCAGUUCUCUGAGCUGCUUCUGCAAAGGCCCCCAUGCCCCUCCCCACACCAGCUCUGGGCAUAGCCUCAGCCCCAGGCCUCUGUCCUCCCGAGCCAUCCUCCCGGCCUCACACUCCGGGAGCACAGCGUCCUCCUCCCACCUGUGGGUCAGAGCAGGACAGUGAUGGUGUCCCCCGGGCUGAGCACCGCCCCAGGCCCUGCCCUCACCCCUCACCACCAUCCGUGCACUGAUGAGUCUCCAGUUCAGCCAAGGGCUUCGUUCCUGGCAUGGAGAAUUUGUUCCUGGCUGCUGUGUUUCCAGGAGGUGCUGGGGGAAGGGUUCCGUGGAGUGAGACAAGGUGUCCUCGGGGGCAGGGUUCCACUGGGAAGCGUCUGGGAGCCCUGUGUCACACAGUGCAGGCCGGUUUCUCUUCCGGGGUCUCUGCUCUUAUGCAUCAGAAUGACCUCGGAAUGGGUGUGGGGCCCCACACUGCACCCACAGGGCUCUUUGCGACGGGGGCCCAGGAGCAGCCUGAGGCUACCACCAGGCAAGCCUGCCUUAUCACCCAUUCCAGCUCACCCAGGACCUUCACCAGCAAACCUCCUGCUGAGGUCCUGGCAGGAGGCCACUGUUAACUUUUCCGUUUGCUGAGGGUCACAGACCCCGACAGGGAAGUCGAUACCUGUCUUCCCAGUGGUUGCCCUGCUCGCUGGGCACUCCACGGAGUCCUGCCCUCCUCUGAAAUGGGCCAGGAUCCUUCAGCAAGGGGCGCCUGGGGCUGGGACUGAUUGUGGACGGCGGAGCACCGACAGAAAAGGAUUCCAAGGAGAACUUCAGGUUAAAGUCAGAUGCCACCUACCAGGGUCUACAGUCAAAAUGUUGACUUUUUCUUAUUUUUUAAUGUAUGGGAGAAAAAUGUAAAAUUCCAGUUCUUUUCUAAUUGUGUUUCUGAAAUUAGGAGUCAGCUGCCAGCGUUAUUGUGUGGCUGCAGUAUGCCUGGGCCCAGCUCACGGGCAGUGGGUGGCCUAACUUCCCAGACAGGCGGGAGCUACUUCCAGAGCCUUCCAGUGCGUGGGAGGGCAGGGCUAGGUGUGGCGGUGUCUCCUCUUUGAAAUUAAGAACUAUCUUUCUUGUAGCAAAGUUGCACCCGGUGAUGCUGCCUCCUCUCUCCGUGUUGUCUGGGCCCCUGUUUACAAGCACACCUUGCCCUUUCUGAGGGGAGCCAUGCUCUAGCCCCUGGAGAACCUGUUGCAGGGGCAGGGCAGGCCCAUCGCCUUUGGCAGCUCCUGGAGAGCUGUUGACAUGCAGUCCCCCUUUAUUGGUUUGUGCUGCAAUAAAGGCCAUCUUCUCUUA